AUGAUGAACCUGGCCUUUGCAAGAGAUGCAGCUGUGAAUCUGGACAUAAACAGGGAAUUGGUCUGGGCUCUGCCCCGGGGCGGAGCUGGCGGCGGCGGCGGGGAGGAGGCGGCGCGGGCGGAGCAGAGCCGGGGCUGGCGGGGGCAGCGCGGCGCGGGCGGCGGAGCGGCGGGAUGCGGCAGUGCCGGGCCGCGGGGCUGGCGGGGCUGCCGCCAGCGGGACGGAACUGUGGGGGCUGCAGGGACCGGGACCGCGAAUGCCUCUGUUUUUUUGGCUUCUUUCCGACCUCGUGCACCUCUUUGCUCCUUUAUAAAAUUUCUAUUGGAGAAAAUGGAUUUUCUGCGUUUCCUUCUUGUUUUCUUCUCGGCAGUGACUAUGAGCAGAGCCCAGGUGCAACAGGAGCCGGCGGCAGAGACCAGCGAGGGCACCGGCAUCAACAUCACCUGCUCACACCCCAACAUACAGCCCGACGGGUACAUCUACUGGUACCGUCAGCUCCCGGGCCGAGGCCCCGCGUUCCUCGUCAGCGCUUUUAAAGGCUCCAAGGAGGUGCCGGACCCGGAGGGGCAGCUGUGGGUGUCGGCAGACCGCCGCUCCAGCGUCCUGCGUCUCGCCCGGCCCCGGCUCGGGGACGCGGCGCUGUAUUACUGCGCCGUGGGCGCACGGGAAGCGAAGCCGGGGCUGCGUCCGGGCACGAACCGCUUGGGGCGGGGCGGGGGCGCAGUGCCGUCCGGGCCCGCAGGGGGCGCUGCUUGCAUGGCCGCCAAACUCCAUCCUCACCGGGGUGCGCCGCCCUGA